AUGUCAGAUCUACAUGCUUUAUGUAAGUUCCCCCAACGUCCCAUAACUAAAGUCUAUGUUGAUAAUUUAAACUAUUACUUAAAGAAUGGAAUCCCCGCCACUUAUACCGUUGAAGAAGCAUACAACUUCACCAAUGGCCUAGAAGAGGAACCUACAACAACAACAACACCAUUGCAUUUGAUAUGUACGCAUGUACCAAAAGAUAUCAAUGAUGAAGAGUCGGCAAUUGUAUCGCAGCUUGUCGAGAUCUUGUUUGAAUAUGGUGCCGGGUGGUCUUUCACUGAUAUAAACAAUAAUACACCUGGCUGCAUAUUAAUUGAAAGAGGUUUGGACACCUUGCCAAUAUACCUGCAGAUUGUUGAUGCUGGAGUAAGGGCCGAAUUGUUGUUGAGAAAAGUGGGUGAGUACGAUAUGGAAGUGAUUAGUGAUACUGAAGAUUUAGACCAUGUGGCAUUUGCACAGGUCAGUAAAGAGGCAACAGAUGACACCCUGACUGAUGAUGUAACUGAAGCAAAGCCAAUUGGAAAAGAAACAACUGGUGUAACAUCUACGGAGGAACCAGAUGAUGAACCGGAUGCACCCUCGCAUAACCAACAAUCAUAUCUCAACACCAAGUUGGAAUACGUUAAUGAUGCCCUAAUAACAAAAGAUCGCAAAGAUGGAGUAAUGAUGUCGUGGGAAUCAGAUAUAAUGCAACUAGGCGCCAACACGCUCUUCAAAGGGUCCUACAUCGUCAGCGACAACAGCAAUUCGCAAGAACUCGAUUCCGAAAUCAACAUUUUAAACAUUGGUUUCGGCAUGGGCAUCAUCGAUACCAUGAUUCAGGCACAACACCCUACCCAUCAUUACAUCUGCGAAGCUCAUCCUGACGUGUUAAGAAAACUACAAACUGAUGGAUGGUAUAAUAAGCCUAACGUAACUAUACUUGCCGGCCGUUGGCAAGAUGAAUUGCCCAAAUUGUUGAGCCAAGGUACCUUCUUCAAUGGUAUUUACUAUGAUACAUUCUCUGAGCACUAUUCCGAUAUGUUGGAUUUAUUUGAUUUGGUGGUGGGGUUGCUUAAGCCCCAUGGUGUAUUUUCAUUCUUCAAUGGGUUAGGAGCCGAUCGACAAGUGAUUUAUCAGGUUUACAAGAAAUUGGUUGAGUUGGAUUUGGAAAAUUAUGGAUUGCUGUGUAAAUUUAGUGAUGUUGAUGUACCCGAUACUUUAUUUUCUGGUACUAAGAAAGCAAAUGGAGACACUGAUGAAUCUGGUGCAAGUGUUUGGGAUAAUGUAAAGAGAAGUUAUUGGUCAUGUCCUACUUAUUAUCAUCCCGAAGUUAAAUUCAUAGACUUUUAG